AUUAUUUAUUAUAUUCCCCAUUUGUAUUUUAUAUACCUUUAUUCAUGACUUUAUAUGUUUAAAAAACCAUGACUACUCCUACUUCUAAUGCAAUAUCACCAUCUUCUUCUAUCUAUUCCUCAUCUACUGUUAAUUCAUCCAUUGGUCGAUCUGCUUCCAACCGUUCUUUAUAUCGCGAUCUCACUUCUACCGCCACAAACAACAAUUCUUCCACAGGAGGUCGCAAACCAACUACAAUGGGUCGUUCACGACAAAAUACAAGUGACUUUAUGACAGGAGAAGACUUGGUACGUACUAUUGGUUCUGAUUAUCAAGAAAUUCAGAAAAGAACAUUGACUAGAUGGGUGAACACUCAACUCAAAAUAGUGGACGAUCAUAUCACCAAUAUUGAAACUGAUUUCAAGGAUGGACGGAAGUUACUCAAACUGCUCUCUGUUGUAUCUAAAGAACCUGCACCAAAACCUGAAAAGAUGAACAUGCGUAUUCACCAACUUGCCAACGUUGCUCAAGCUUUAUCUUUUUUGGAAAAACAAUUGGGUGCUGACUCUAUUGUGGAUAUGGGAAACGAAGCUAUUGUCAAUGGUGAUAAGAAGAAGACUUUGGCUCUGAUAUUUUUUAUUAUGAUCAAGUAUCAAAUUCAAAUUGUUCUCAAUGACCAUGGUGAUGAUUUUACUCAAUCUCUAUUGAACUACUCUGAUCGACAACGUGAUGGUCUUCGUAUCGAUUCAUUAUCACCAACAAAUGAAACAACAGCAACAAACAAUAAUCAACCAACUCAAACUGAAAAAGGGGCAAUACCAACCACACCUAUACCUGUUACCAAUUCUCUUUUGGCAGCACGAAAAUUAGGAAGCAAUUAUUCGAUUAAUUCAGAUAAACAACAUACAAGUUCAGCUGAAUCUAAACUAGCACUUCUUUUUUGGGUACGAAUUCAAUUAGAAGACUAUAUUGCAGCAAAUAUUAUUCCAAGUAUUCAAGAUUUUUCUCGAUCCUGGAGAAAUGGUUUGGCUUUUUGUCUUUUGAUUCAUCGGCAUGGCCCUGGACUGGUUCCUGACCUAUUUUCCUAUCAUCUCAAAGACGCAGAUCUGACUCAAAAACAAACCUGGCACCGCCUAUUGACGCUGGCGUUUGAUUUGGCGACGGAACAUAUGGAAAUCCCAAGAUAUUUGGAACCGGAAGAUUUGGUGGAUGUUGAUUAUCCUCAUGAACCCAGUGUGAUGAUGUAUGUGGCUGAAUUUUAUAAGGUCAUGUCUCGCGUACAACAAGAAAUAUCAGCAGAACAACGACACGAAGCUGCCAUACGACGACGUACAAAUAUCGCCAUGGUGACUGGUGGAAUCGACAAUCUGAUGACAAUGGAUGAUGAACAUCACAUUCACGACAGUGAUACAGCUAUUACAGAUGACAUUGUAGAUGAUAAUGAAAGUAUGACUUCUUCUGUCUCCAACAACAACAACAACAACAACAAGAAUAAGAAAAAAGCUCAUCGAAUAUCUACUUUGGCUGACGAAGAUAAGGAACGAAUCAAGGCAGAUUUGAAUAGUAGAUUGAUGAUGCAAUUGACAGGUCAUCUUCCUCGAGGUGUGAACCCAGUACUGGAUCAACUUAUCACAAUUCACGAAACAGUAUUGGCAUUUAUUAAAACUAAUACUAGAACAUUGGAUGAAAUACCUACCUCUUUUGACGAUGCUGAUACUGUGGCUGAAUACUUGGAUGCUUUAGAAAUCGUGGAAGAACAAAUGCAAGAUGAAUCAACGUUACUGGAUACUGCCAAGGAUGCCAAAGACAAACUUAUUUUACCUCCAGAAACAGCUGAUGACUCCAUCAUUCGAUUAACUGACUUACAACGCACCCAAGUGAACAAUCUCUAUGAUAUGCUGUUAAAUCAUUGGACUGACUUUGAACAACUUUUAUCUGCUACCAAAUGUGAUCUUCUGCGUAUUGAAUCUGAUUUGGUGGAUAUCGAAGAAGGCACUCACAAGUAUCAUACUGAAGCUGACAAGGUGUUGGAUAAAAUCAAGGAGUUACAACUAUUAUUGAGUCAAGUACCACCAAGACACGACGAUGACGGUAUGGAUGACAUUGAUGUAACCGAUGGUACUAAAAAAAAGGGUGAUGUUUGGCAUCCUUUAGAUCCAUGCAGUGAAGAUGGUCAAAUGGAAAAUCUGUCAAUUCUUUAUCAGCAAGCAGCAGAGGCAGCCAAUGAAAAGGUGGAAUUAUUUGAUGAUACUACAUGGAAAUCCUACAGAAGAUUCAUACUGCAAUUCUCUCGUGUUAUUCUGAAACAAGUUACUUCAAGCUUACAAGAAUUAGAACAAGAGCAUCAAGAAUUAAUGAAUACCAACCAACAAGUACUUUCGUCAAGUAAGGAUUUCUCUCGCGCCUUGGUAUUGAUCUCUACUACAACAGCUAUUGGAAUGGAACUAGAAUCGAUUCACAAACUCAUGGAUGACAACAAUCAUACUACAAACGAUGCCAUUUUGGAUUUAGAAAAGCAAGUCAAUGCUGUUCGCACACGUCUUCACAAUACAAGGGAAAUGCAUGAUGAUCUCUUGGCCAAUGAUACUCGACUAAUGGAAUACGUAGACAAAGUACAACAACAAUAUGAAACUGUUCGUGACUGGGUGGAUCAAGUUCGAGUCUGGUUUAUUGAAGCGGAACGUAUUCGAAAAUGGAUUGAAGCACGUAUCGACAUUAUACACCAAAGAAAUGAAUCAGCUGAAUUCGAUCCUCUUGAUGAUAUUCUAGUACAAGCAGCACAAGAAAACGCAACACUAUGGCAUGAGGAACAUGUGAAGCUUGGAAGAGAAAUCGAUAGAUUUGACGCAGAUGAUAUGGCAAGACUACGAACUCAUGUCAAAACUUUGACUGGUACUGAUCGUGGAAAUCGUGAUCUCAGUCCGGCCGACACUUCUACUAUCGAAAUCACACUUACCACACUCAAUAUGCUUAACCAAUUGAUGCACUUGCUACGACAACGGUCUUAUAUGGUUGAUAUGUUGAUGCUUCGAGUACAAUGGGAUCACUUUUUUGAAUCCUCGACGAAAUGGAUCAUGGACACAAAUCAAUCAAUCACUGACUUUUUGGCUCCUGGUCAUGCAAGAUGGGUAUCUUCUAAUGGAGAUGGUAGUGACAACAAUUCAACAAACGUGGAUUCUUCUGAUGACAACAAAAACAACAACAGUAAUCGAAGACGACAGUCUAUUCGUUCCAACAAUGCUACUGAUACCGAAGAGAUGAUUCAAACUCUGGUGACUUUGGAAAACGAUGUGAUUCAAUUUGAUCAAGGAUUGUAUUCUGAAUGUCUGGAUGCCUAUCAAGAAAUGGAAGAUCUACAAAAUGAUACGUUGCCUUCUCAUUUGGAUUCAAAACAAUCGCGGUUUGAAGACAGUUUUGGUGAUUUGAUGAAACGUGUUGGUUUUGCUCGAAAGGUGGUGGAACAACAUUUGACACUUUUGGAUAUCACCACUCAAUAUCGACAAUUACGGAACAAGGGUGAAGCUUUACGGAUAUCUAUGAUGAGCUCCUCCAAAUCGACAACAACACAAUCUUCUUCUACUGCAGCAAAUACUGAUGAUAAUGAUGUAUAUGGAGAUCAAGUACAAGCUUUCAAAGAGGAGUCAUCUCAACUCAUUACCUAUGUUUUUCCAACAAUAACAUACACGGAAACUCCAAUCUAUGUGUCAUCGGUAAUAGGAUCUCAAGAUGCUCAAGACAAUGAAAAAGCUAAUGAUGCUAUCAAGGAUGUUAUUCAAGCAUAUGCCAUGCGGUUAGCCACUAUUGCUGAAGCUCUGGAAAAUCUUUUAGUACGUCAUCGGAGGGCAUUCUCUCUUCAACAACGUGCAACUUUGGCUUAUGAAGAAAUGAUGCGAUUGAUUCUAUGGUUAGAUGAACGAUGUGAAAUGUACAAGAAGAGCUGGUUGGACGGUGACAAAAUUGACGAUGAAGAUGGUGAUGACAACAACGACAAGGAUGAUGACAAUAAUAUGAUGGUGCGUUAUCAACGUGAACUGGAUGGUAUACUUGCUCGUAUGAAACAAUUAGAGGAAGGCGACUUAUCAAGACUCCGUGCUCGUGUUUCAGCUAUUGAAGAUGAAAUUGAUGCCUCAAAUGCCAUCUCCAUUGAUCGCAGUACAUUGGUCAAUGCCGUGGAACAAUUGGAUGAUAGUCAUCUACGAUUACGACAACUGUUAGGUAGACGUGCUAUGGAAAUGACCAUCAUGAGCAAACAACAAUUAUGGGAAGUUCAAUUAUUGGAUGUUAAUCAUACUAUGGACAAUAUAGCUCGCGAACUAUGGUCUUUGGUAGAUUCAAUCAACUUACAGGUCAAUGCAAAUGGUGAUUGCGAUGAUGAAGAUAGUGGGGAUAAUAGCACUUUGGCAUUGGAUCAACAAAAAUCUUUGGUAGAAUCAACUCGAAACUUGUCUAUCUUUACUUCUACUGGAUGCUACGCUGAUUUAGAGGAAGCCUAUCAUCAACUAAAUUCGAUCUCGUCAUCAUCAUCUUCAACAACAACAACAACAACAACAACAUCUAUACCAACACCUACAAAGGAAAAACAACUUGCUCUUAUCGAUAAAUUACACGACUUGGAUCAACUUUAUCUCUAUACACAACGAUCCAUCGACUACAAGAAUGAUAUGAAAUCUCUCGUAGGCGCAACAAAAGAGGCAACGAUCGAAGCAAACCGUGUACAUGAAGAAGCAGUAAUUCUAUUUAAUCUGGUAACACCUGGUACAUCUCAAAGUGACUACUACAGCAAGCUGGAUUCUGCAAGGAGCGUUGAUUCUGGUCUAUCCAUUAGUUCUCAUUCAUCAUCAGGAACAGAUCUCGUUUUACAUUUCAAACAAAUUGUGGAUGAUCUAUCUCGGAAACGAACUGACAUUCAAGCUCCUACUAAUGGAUCAACAUUGUUUACAAGUUUACGUAGUUCAGCAAUGACUUAUGGGGAAUCUACUGAAUCUAUCAAUAAAUGGCUCAAUUCAAAGUUUAAUGACCUUCAAUCUGUACUAAAAUCCCUCGAACAACUUCAAUUCCAGUAUCUCAAUGCCAUGGCGACCAAGGAACAAGCUCGACGAUAUAUGGAUGAAGCAAACCACCAAUUACAAUGGAUUGAUAAACAUAUCAGCAUACUCAAAACAUGCCACAUCGAUAUAUCUGAUGACUCUAUCAAUGUGACCGAAGACAACAUCCAAACACGUGAACAGGAACUUGAUCGAUUGUCCGAUGAUAUCUCUACGUUUAAAGAAAACCAUGUUAUGCCUCUUAAGGUGCAAGUGGAAGCUCUCAUCAAGGCCGCCAGUUCAGCAACAACAGAUGAUACGACAUCGUUCAUGGAUGCAUUGGAUACGUCUACCUUGGCAAAACUGACGGGACAGGUGAAUUCUGAUAUGAAUCAAUUAGAACGACAAACGACAAUGGAAUCCCAAGCUUUGAAUACGAUACGACAAUGUAUGCAAUGGGAAAAGGAUCUACAGCAGUUAGUACAUGCCAUCGGCUCACUACAAGAACAAUUGUAUCCUUUGGCCUCUGAAACCAAGGAAAAGGCAAUGCAAGAUGAUUUAUCAAUGGUGGAUCUUGGUUUGUUGGAGACAUCUUGCGCGAAGAUUGGAACACAAGUCAAAACAAUUCAUCAUACAGUAAUGGAUGCACGACAACGAUUUAUGAACAAUUUAUCGCCCGCUAUCUAUGCACAAUUACAACCAUCAUCUUCAGCAAGUAUAGUAUGUGAUCGUUUGGAAACACGCCUGGUGGGAAUGGAACGCUCUUUUACACGUUGUCAAGACACACUAAAGGGUAUCCUGGAUGAAAUUGUUACUCUUAAGGAACAACGAUCGUGGCAAAUACAAGUGAACGAAACAUUGGACGUAUAUGAUGAUCUCUCUAUGACGGUGGAAUCAUUUGUAGAAAUCAAGGCAAGAUGGCAACCUGAUACGGUGAUUUCUGAAGAUGAUGAAGUGGAUUUACGAAAUGCCUGGAUAAUCAUCAAAGACAAACUGGAUGGUCAUUAUCAACAAAAUACUCAACCUCUACUACAAGACAUACAAGCAUGGCGCCAGCGAAGGGAGCAUUUACCAACUCUUGGAUCCAAUGGUGGUAGUAUGGGUGACUGGCCGGAAAAAGCAAUUCGAUCUUUACAAAUUGCUCACGAUGUAGUAGAAAAGUAUCUCGCAUUUAGUAACGAAAUCAUCAAUCAACGGUGUCUUAUGGUUGCUUUUCUAUGGCGUACCUCUCAACUUGAACGAUCGGCUGAAGUGAUUCGUGAGGAAUUUCUUGAUCAAGGUGAUGACAAUUAUAGUGAUGAAGAUUGGCUGACGGAUCAUAGUGAAAGAUUACAUCGAUUCAAAUCUGGCAUUGAAGACAUUCGACAUGACCUUGGUGCAACUAUCCCAUUACCAGUAAGAAGUGGAAUCUCCAUCUCUUCUUCUUCCUCUUCCUCCUUAUUACCGGCCAACUUUAAAAGAUCAAGAUCUCCUUCUAUGGAUCAUAUCUCUGGAGUCAAGGAUGAAACAACCAAUGCUAUUAUCCGGGAAACAAUUGAUACACGAAUGAAGCGACUGGAAGAACUUGUCAACGGAUUGGAAUCAUUGCUAGAUUCUAAAGAACGCAUGUCACGACGUCAAGUAUCUCGGGUAUUGUACGGCAAGCAAGUGGAAAUCUGUGAAGCAUGGAUCGAUACACAGAUGGAUAAACUACAUUCGGCACUUGGUAUGCUUGGAUCUCCUGAUGAUGGACUCAAUGACAACCUAUUCAGCAGCACAAAGGCAACCAUCGAUAUCCAACAAUUACGUGACGCUAUUGGCAUGGCAGAAAGCAUAGAAGCAGCAACCCGUGGCAACGAUACUGUAUUCUCAUCAUUACAAUCAGCGUACAAUACUUGCAAAGGUACCUUUAGGGAAAGUGAUGAUGAUCUGAAUGACUUGUUACGCGAUUAUGAAAGACUGGAAGACAAAUGGAACGAUUUACAAAGAAUGGUAUCAAAAACAACUGAACUAUUGUUUGGUGCUCUUGGUCCUACAGAAAUGAAUAAUCGUAUCAAGCAUCUGUGGGAAAUCAUUCACGGACUUCAAGCGGAAAUGAAUGGUAUGGAUUCUGGACUUUUGACGGAUGAUCAUAUCUUGCAAUGGCAAAAACAAAUUGACACUUUGGACAAGAAUGAUUACAAUGCAGCAAUCAAAAUGAUGGCAUCAUUGAGUAGUGGCAACAGCAACAACAACAAUAACAACAACAAUGAUAGCAAGCAUGUGAAUGGACGGCAACGAAGACCAGUAUCAUGGAGUAAUGCUUAUGAUGAACGACAACAGCGUCAACAAUUGGAUCAAAUAGGAGAAACCAUUUUAUCCAUUCGAAACAUCAUCGCUCGACUUUACGACGUGGUCAAUUUGAAUCGACUUUGCAAAACAUAUGCAGACAAUGCCAUGGUAGCAAAAGCAAAAGUGGAUGAUACUCGUCAGUUGCUCCUGACUAUUCAACAACAAUCGUAUCAAGCUCUCGAUGAUCCAACAACAACUGUACAACAUUAUCAUGAUGCUUUACAGGAUGCUUAUCAAGAAGCGAAAUUGAAACUGGCAGAUUGCAAAGAAACAUAUGACGACCUUUGUGCUUACAACAAUUUUAUUGAAAGUCAAAAAGUACAAGGCGAUGAAUGUGAGGAAUUAUUGGACGAUAUGGAAACUACUCAAAAACAAAUCAACGGUGACUGGAAAACCUUACAAGCAUUAGGACAAUCUGUAUCGAAUAUGACAACAAUGGCAUCUCGACUAAUGGAAGGACAUGAACUGAUGACCAAAAUGGAACAAAACAUUCAAAUAAUUCAGCAAGAUAUCAACAACAAUCUGUCUUCGUCUCCUUCAGCGGACGAGGUCUAUUCCCUGGAAAAACAAAUUCAAGAUGGAACAGAGGGCGACAUGACACAACUGAAAAUGAUCCUUGAUUCUCUCGAUGAUGACAGUAGUAAUAACAAUAAGAAUUUGAUCAAGAUGAUGUUUAUAGAACGGUAUGAUCAAGUGGCAGCACAAAUAUCCGGACUUUAUCAAGUGGUGGAUCAACAUAAACGGCAAUUGGAAAGAAGCAAGUUAUUGGACAGUCUCAACGAAGAAAUCGCUCGACUUCAGGUUGUAUGCGAAGAACAACUCAAGUUCAUUAGACAGCAAGUAGUGGCAAAUCCAGACCUUGUUGGUAAACGCCCUGAAUCUAUUGGUCACAUCUCUCAAACUUAUAUGGCGGCUAUGAGCAAUAUUGAAAAGGUCUAUGAAAAAUGCAAGGAUGAUUAUCAAAUGAUUGUGCAUCAAACGAAGCGACUAGUGGAUUAUUAUCAAGUGCCUGUUAUGCAAAUGGAAACAAUCAAGCGACCCUUAGAAAAAACAUUACAAGACUUGGAUAAUGCUAUACAAACUGAAAAUGAAUACAAUGCAGCACUUAAAUUGGUGAUGAGACAAACAAAAACUGAAGUGGAAUUGGUUCGAUCACUCUCUGACAGGAAAGCUACACUCCUCAAAUAUUCCAAACAAGGACUUCGUACUAGAUUGAAUGCAUUACCUGAUCUGACUGAAUUCAAUCGACGUAACGCUGAUUUAACCAAAUCCGUUGAACAAUUUUUUGCUAUGGGUGAAGAUUUCAAGAAAUCCAAACUUUACAAGAGUAUUGGUGUUGCUAGAACAUCAAGUGUGAACAAGGCUGUGGAUCAUUGUCAAACUAUUGUUAGACGUAUGUGGACUGAAGUCAAGAGCAUGAUGGAUGAAACCAAGGUGCGAUUGGAUGAAAUGUACCGACGACAACAUGGAACGAGUAAGCUCAAUGAUGCACUUCGCUAUGUAGAUGAUAUCAAGGACCGAAUCAACACUCUUCAACUCUCUGGAAAAAGCGUGACAGUGGAAGAAGAUGAACUGAAGGAACUGGAUCAUGAAAUCAAGGUGACAUUGACCAAGAAGAUCGAAGAAAUGGAUCUGCUUUUGGCCAGUAUUUCCGAUAGCGAUGGCAUGAUUCGAAAACAGCGAGCACAGUUAUCUACAGCCACCGAUCAACUCCAUCAUCUUCUUCAAGUACGACAAGAACAAGCACAAACUGAAGGCAACAUCACUCUGUUUUUGGGCAUUAUUGAUCAAGUAGAUGAACAAAUCGUACAACUCUUGGUAGCAGUAGAAAACUCGGCACCUCAUCAUGCCAAGGUGGUACAAGGAAAAUUUGUCAAGACUGAUCUGCAAGAGCUUUUACGUCGAUUGGUAGGUGUUUACAAGAAGAAUGGACCUAGUAUCAACAAAUUACUUGGCUCGGCAAAGGAAGAAGCACGCAAACAAUUCUUGGACGACAAUGACCGUGUGGCCAAACGAUUGGAAAAGACAAUGGAUCGAUGGACGAAGGCACAAGCAGCGGCUGCAGCAAGAGAAAAGGAAUUACAUACAUGCAUCAACGCUUUGAAUCAUGAAUUCUUCACCAAAUUAGCCAUGGCGAAAACCAAGACAGCAAAUAGACGACCUAGUCAAAGCAAUGUUCGAUCUUUAACGCCUGUAGGAGGGGAAUCAUCCUCACCUUCCUCUUCCUCUUCAUCCAUUGGUAGUCUUCCCCCUCGUCCUCCUUCUUCUAUGGGUUAUACUCGACGUCCUAGUUUCCAAUCUUCAGCAUUAUCCGUAGAUCAUCGCAACACUACAAGAAGAUCAAAAACACCCAUCAUAUCUUCCUCUGGUAGUAAACCUCGUUCAACCUAUAUAGCUGAUCCGAAAAAUGAACUGGAUGUCCAAUUGGGUCGUAUUGUCAAUAAUAGUGCAUUCAAAGUGAAUGUGAAAAUGGUCUCUGGUGAAGUUGGAAAAUACUAUUUUGGAGAACGUCUCGUUUAUUGUCGCAUUCUUCCUAGUAAAAUGGUAAUGGUUCGUGUUGGUGGAGGUUGGGUAGAAUUAUCUCAAUUCCUAAAAGAUCAUGGUCAUAAUGAUAACAACAAGUAUAAAAUCACCAAGAACAACAAUAACAUUAGCAAUAAUCAUUUAUCUGUCCAACAAGAUGAUGAAGUCAUAAAAAUCCGUGGUGGUAGAAGCAAUAGUGUUAGUAGUAUUAAUCCUCAUCAUUCAGUCAGCAAAUCAUCUAAUAGAUCAAAAUCACCUGUACCUAGUGGAUAUCUUGAUGGUGAUAGUUUUAUACAUGUAGGUGAAGAUGGCAAUCCAGUGGUAAUGAAAAUGACAAGGGCUAAAGAAGAUGCCACAACUCCCGUCAAAAGAUUCUCCUGAAUGGGUAUUUUUUUUCAGUUUGGUUUCAGUUACCUACGAAUGAUUUUUUUUUAUAUAUACCUUUUUGUUACUUUAGUUAGUUUUUUUUUUAUCUCCCCUUUCUACAACCCCAUGUAUAUAUUACAUUAAUGAAAAAUUCAAAAUAAAAAUAAAAACAUAGUCUUAUUCUUUCGUGAUUUU